UUAAACAUGGCGUCCGACGGAGAGAGUGAUGAAGACUUCGUAACUUAUGGAACUCCUUUAGAACCUCUCGAAGAAGACGAGCCCUUGAAGAAGCCAAUCCCUGUUCAGGACCAGACUGUGAGAGAUGAGAAGGGACGUUACAAGAGAUUUCAUGGAGCCUUCACUGGGGGCUUUUCAGCAGGGUAUUUCAACACUGUGGGAUCCAAAGAAGGCUGGACACCAUCUUCAUUCGUGUCAUCGCGUCAGCAGAAAGCAGAGAGGCAAAAUGCUCGACCUGAGGACUUUAUGGAUGAAGAGGAUUUGAGCGAACAUGGGAUUGCACCUCGAGAGAUUAUCACUACUGAUGAUUUUGCCUCAGGAAGAAAAGACCAAAUCAAAGACAAAGCCAGGGCCAUCACCUCUCUCACUGCCCCCAUACCUGGAGACACACUCUUAGAGGACCUCAUCGCCCCAGCAAAGUCAUCCAUUGGUGUGGAGCUCUUGAGGAAAAUGGGCUGGAAGGAUGGACAGGGAAUUGGUCCUAGAGUGAAGAGAAGACAACGCAAGCAAAAGACAGGUCUGUCAUCAGUUUAUGGCUGUGCGCUACCACCCAGUGGAUCGGAGGAGUCUGAGGAUGAUGAUGAUGAAUUUGCCCCAGAGAAUGUGACCUUUGCACCAAAAGAUGUGACCCCCAUCGACUUCACGCCUAAAGAUGACCUGCAUGGACUGGGCUAUCGGGGAAUCAACCCUCACCAGGCCCUGAUGGGCGGCUCAGGGGCCGGCCACAUAAACCUCUUCACUCUGGAGUCUGACAGGAUGAGCAACUUAUUUGGAGACCAAAGGCAUCAACGGCAGGGUGGGGUUUCGGGACAGGCUUUUGGUGUGGGUGCACUGGAGGAAGAUGAUGCUGACAUCUAUCACAGAGAUGCCAUGUCAAACUAUGACACGGUCCUGGGUGGAGAAGAGCCAGGAGAUGGCCUGUAUGGCUGGACUGCCCCUCAGGAGUACCGCAAGAGGAAAAAAGACUCAAAAAAGGAUGCAUCUUAUUUGGGGAAAAUUCUAGAAGGGUUUACCUUGGCUUCAAAUCCAGCAGAAAUUACAACAGUCUUCCCUCCCCCUGUUCUUCCUCGUGACUAUCGUCCCGUCCACCACUUUCGACCAGUGGUUGACCUGUCCACUGUGAGUCCUUUGGUAGCUCAAGCACUGCAGAAUUCCAGAGGACACCUUUCCCAGCAUGCUCAGCAGCAAGGGCGACACCAACUAGACUCGUCUCAGAGGAGGGAGCUUCUGGGAGAAACAUCACUAGAAGGUCCCAGCUCUGUAUUUGAGUUGCUCAGCAGUAAAGACAGGGAAAAACUGGCAGCCAUCAGUAAGAAAGCAGAAGAGAAGAGCUCGACACCAGACAUGUCAUCAGAGGAGGGUCGUGCUGCUGUGGUGACCGCAGCCAAGGCCUCCGCCCUCCAGGCUUUGUCCAGCCGCUUCCAGAGCUCCAGCCCCCAGGCGCCGCAUCAAGCCCAACCCCAGGCUGCAAACACCCAGCUGGCUCUCAACGCCUGGAGUGGCACCACUACAGAUCCUAAUAAAACUUUCAGGCCCUUUGAGAAAAACCCGCAAAAACAGGCUAGGUAUGACCUGUACAUCAGCAAGCUCAAACAGGGAGACAAAGAUGCACUGGAGCUAAGUCUGGACCCGACGAUGACUGAGUGGGAACGCGGCCGGGAAAGAGACGAGUUUGUGCGCGCCGCUCUCCUCUACAAACCCAGCACAUCGUUUCUGUCCAGCCGCUUCACACGCGCCAAACAAGAAGACGACACAGACGCUGUAGAGGUCACUCGAGACCAGGAGAAUGAUGUUGAUGACAAGCAGGCCGCAGUGAAGAUGAAGAUGUUUGGAAAGCUGACCAGAGACACGUUUGAGUGGCACCCUGAUAAACUGCUCUGUAAAAGGUUUAACGUCCCUGAUCCGUACCCAGGUUCAGGGAUAGUUGGAAUGCCCAAAGUGAAGAGAGAUAAAUUCUCAGUGUUCAACUUUCUCACCAUGACAGAUGGCACUCCGAUUUCCAAGGAGACGACUGCCGCUCCCAGUCAAACCACACCAAAGCCAGCAGAUUCCAAUAAAAAGUCCAGAUGGGACAUGCCUGGCAGGACCACCGAGGCUAAAGAUCCACUCAGUGAGUUCCUCACUGUGGCCCGAAAAGAAGCAUCUGCCUCACUGCAGGAUCAGCCUGUUUCAGCGGCAAAAACCGAGAACACAAACACUACCGCUGAGGUACUACUCUAUCCAACACAGGAACCUGAGAAGGAGCAGAAGAAUGAAGACAACGAAGCUGAAGAAGAGGAAAGCAGACCUCCGAUGGAUUUAUUCAAGGCCAUAUUCGCCAGCUCGUCAGACGAGAAGUCUUCCUCUUCUGAGGAUGACAGCGAGGAAGAGGACGAGCCAGGCCCAGACCCAGAGCAAGGAGUUCCUCAGGGUCAGUGGGGGUCUCAGACUAAAGAGCCAAUAAAUAUCAGCACUAAGCCCUUGGACCCGCCCCUCCCAGCUCUGACCACACCCACUCAGCUCUCUGGAAACACAACAGAAAAGACGCACAUCUCAGAGCAGAGUGGAUCAAAUGCUGAAAUGGCUGUGACAGCUGAAGAUCCGCAAGCUGAGGAGUUUGGACCCAGACUACCUCCUCCUCCUUUACCCAGUCAAACACUAUCCUUGUUUACACCAUCAGCAGAGGAAAAACACAAGAAGAAGAGCAAAGAGAAGCACAAAGCCAAGAAAGAACACAAGCACAAGAAAGACAAAAAGCAUAAGAAGAAACAUCGAAAACACAAACACAAAGGAAAGCAAAAGAAGAAAAAGAGAGAGGAAGAGCGGCAGGAGGAAGAGUCAGGUAGCAGCUCUGACGACAGUGACGAUGACAGCAGUGACGUGGCGGAGUCAGGAACGGUCUCAACAGAAGAGCUGCUCAAAAGGUUAAAAAGUCUUCGUGGGAAGCAGUUGUAAUGAUGUCUUGGGAGAAUCUGUGAUUGUGCCCUCUGUGAGGACAUUCAAGGCAUACAGUAGCCCUCCUUAAGGGAGAAAUCAGUGGCAUAGCCCAAAAUAAAUGAAUAGAGUUAAUGAGAAUUACAG